CGCAGUCAUUGUACGAGAAGACGUUGUAAUUUCUGUGUAACAUUCUUUGCUUUAAUCACGCGGGAUAAAAGUCAAAAAAAUGAUGAGAGAUUUUCUCUUUGUUUUUUUCCACGUUAUAAUAAAUAACUUUUUAAUGAAAGGACUUUUCCCCUUUUUUAUUAGAGGUCAGUAUAUUUUUUAGCGGAACGGUUUCUCUGUGUAGCGCUAGAUACGGAACCGCUUGAAUGUUACACCAAUUAGCCCUGCCGGUGCUAUCAGCAGCUAGCAGCUACCCGUCUGUUUUCACCGCUGACUUUUGACAUAAUUUUUUUAUUGAAGUGGACGACUGUGACUGUUCAGUCGCUCUGUUUGGUUUACAAAUAUUGCAAAAUGGAGAACAGAAUCUGAAGAUGGGAGAAAGCGUCUUUGUCGUGUGAUUCUGUUCAGACAUGGAGAAGCCCUGGAGGUUGUGGGGGGCGAUGGAGCGAUGUACCCUGGCUCUGGUCUCAUGGUCCUGGGGCGCCUGUCGUGUCUCCCUCUUGGCUCUCAUUCUCACCUUCCACCUGUAUGGAGGAUUUUUUCUCCUAGCUCUCAUCCUGGCCUCUGUGGCAGGAAUUCUGUACAAAUUCCAGGAUGUACUCCUCUACUUCCCUGACCAGCCAUCCUCUUCACGCAUUUAUGUUCCUAUGCCCACCGGAAUCCCACAUGAGAAUCUGUACAUUCGCACCAAAGAUGGUGUGAAGCUCAACCUCAUUCUGCUUCGUUACACAGGAGGUGACACGCUCCCUGGUGUCACGCCUGGCAAUCAGAGCAGCACGACAUCUUCAUCUCCGCCUACCAUCCUUUAUUUCCAUGGAAAUGCUGGAAACAUUGGCCACAGAGUGCCUAACGCCCUGCUGAUGCUGGUCAACCUGAAAGCUAAUGUGGUGUUGGUGGACUAUCGUGGUUAUGGAAAAAGUGAGGGCGAGCCUAGCGAGGAUGGGCUUUACCUGGAUGCUGAGGCUACGUUGGAUUAUGUUAUGACCCGACCUGAUUUAGACAAGACAAAGGUGGUACUCUUCGGCCGCUCACUAGGAGGUGCUGUAGCUGUGCGCUUGGCCUCAGUAAACCCUCACCGCGUGGCAGCCAUUAUGGUUGAAAACACCUUCCUCAGCAUUCCUCACAUGGCAGCGACUCUGUUCUCCUUCUUACCAAUGCGCUUGCUUCCUCUGUGGUGCUACAAAAAUCAGUUUCUGUCUUAUCGGCACGUGGCGCUGUGCCGCAUGCCCUCCCUAUUCGUGUCUGGUCUGUCAGACCAGCUCAUCCCACCGGUCAUGAUGAAACAACUGUAUGAGCUCUCACCUGCACGGACUAAACGCUUAGCCAUCUUUCCGGAGGGAACGCACAAUGACACAUGGCAGUGUCAGGGCUACUUCGCUGCUCUGGAGCAGUUCAUUAAAGACCUGCUGAAAAGCCAUGCGCAUGAGGAGAGUGCGCAAGCAUCAGCCAGUGUCACUAUCAUAUGAGGAAGAAAAAAAAAAGGCCAGGGAGUGACUGGACUUUGGCCAUGGGCAGGAAAAUAUCCAGGUCAACGUACAUUGUUUCUUUUUCUGGGUUUUUAUCAAAUUUUAUUCUUGAUGUAAAUUUAACACGUCAAAGCUAUUUUGACAAUUUCAAGGAUUAAGAAAAUGUAAUGGUGUUCUUGAGGGAUUUUUGUCAUUUUUCUGUGCAUAUUGCAGAUAUGAAUGCAUGAUCUUAUGACCUUUUAUGAAUGAAAGGCAGACCUGUAUACGCUGCGAUACCACCCCCUCACAUAAGAAAUGUUCUGUUGUGGUUCUGCUCAAAUCAAAUGAAAUGAAACAGUUGCACAUAUUUGUAUUUAAAGCACCACAUCAGUGAGAGUGAAAGACAACUUUAGUUUCUAAUCCACACAAUUUCCAACUGAUUUGUAGGUCUGCUCUGUCUACGCAGUACGCAUUUAAUUAUAAAUAUAUCUCUGUUGACGUGACACUUUUUGACCUUUUUGUUCCUGUUGAUAUUCUUAGCUAACAGCAAUACCUGAAAGGUAUUUCUUCCUUUAGAUGGUUGUGGUUGUUAUAAUUCUAGGGAUUCAUAUUUACAUAAUAAUAUAUUCCUUUUAAUAUUUUUUUUUCAAAAACAAAACUAAGGAAAUUAAAAUUAAAAUUAAAAUUAAGGAAAUUAAUUGUUGUGUAACUGAGUGAUUACUUGGAGAGAGGGCAAAGAUGAAGUGGUCAGAAAUUCUUAAAAAUGUGAAAUAAUAUAUCCUGAGAAUCAUGUGGCAAGCUAUUACUUGUAAGUUGCCCUGUUCCCCUAAAAAUAAAACUAGGAGACAUUAGUAUUGUUCAAUUCAAUUAAAAUUGGGUACUUCUGUUAUGCCAUCAUUUCAUCAAGUAAUCCAAAAAAUCCAAGGUUGCACAAAUGCAAAUAUGUUGUUGCGGUAGCCUGGGUAACACAGAGAGAGUGUUUUUCAAAGCGAGUCAUUGUUAAACUGUUCCACUGGAAAGUAACACACAAAGUCAAAUGUUAAGCAGUGGGAUUUGUCACAAAUAACUGACUUUCCUUUUAACACAUUUGUCAAGUCUUGUCACACAGAGCAGUAAAACACAAUUUCUUUACAUAAAACAGCUUCACAUCCCCUGUGCCCGACCUCCAAUCAUGGGAACCCAUGAAGACUUUUGCAUAAAAAUGUCAAAGCAAAACAUAGGUGGUUGGUCUUAAACUGGCCCUCAUAUAGACAUCUCUAAAUUAUUACUCUUUAGUACAGAAAAUAUACUGUAAAUCGCACAUGGUGAUGCAUCAGGGCUGUCCACAGAAGGCCUGAACCUGUCACAGAGUUAAAAAAAAGAUCAUGCACUGUAGGUAAUAAAUUAGUACUAAAGUACUAAAACAGGGUUGUCUUUUUAUUUUCAGCCUGCAGAGGCACUGCACCAGGCUGGUCACAGAGCCGUUUGAAUAAUUGAACAAAAUAAUUCUCUUCAGCCAGAAUUGACACUGUUCCUAAACAGUGCAAUAAAACAAUUGUGGCGAUACCAGAAAUCUGAAUGUGAUGUCUUCAUGUCGUCUUUGUCUGAUAAUGACAAUGCUGAGAGCAGUGCUGAAAUUUAAAGUUUAAUUAAAAUGUUCCUUUUAAGAGACUGCUCUUUCAAUAUCAUUUGAUCAUCACUGUGCGAUAAACAAAAAGAACUGUGUGAAUAUGAACUCAUUUCACUAUGUUUACACAUUUCUGCUUUUUUGUUUGUUUAAAUUUCUAGUAAUUUCUUUAGGGGAGAAUUCAAGUUUGUCUCACAGUCACUGAAAGGACAAAAAGAAAACCUCAAAACAAACACUGAAUGUCUUUACUGAGUGAAUGAUUUUACAUGUUUUUGACAUCUUUGGGAUGGGAAUCUGCUUUUUUUGAGUUUCGGCAAAUCAUGUAUUUAACUUGAACAGUGUUUGUGUAAAUCUGUCAUGCCUUUUUAUUCCAUUUACAUAAAACUUCAGUGGGAUUUUUUUCAACAUUUUUCAUGCAUCCAAAUGAUGCAGCAGUCAGUUUGGGUUUUCUUUUCUUCUCAUUUUUCAUUUUCUAUUUCCAAUACAAGACGGACACAACUUUUUUUGUAAGCACACAUUUUCACUUUCUAUUUUCUGUACUUUAACAUGCAAUAAACUGAUACAUUUAAAAUGUA